AUGUCUGCUGCUGCUGUUGCAUGGUUCCAUCUCCAGCUCGAGGAAGCGGAGGCUAUAUGUGCGGCUUAUGAGGAUGAUUGUGAUUUUAUAUGGCUGCACAAACCAGAAGGCCCGGACGACGGGGAGACAGCGUAUGCAGUCACUGUGAGGGGUAAGGUUGAUGCUGAGACGAGUGUAACGUUUAUGAUAACAUUACCACACGGGUACCCUUCGGCUGGAGAGGAGAAGGCCUUCCCUGAGAUAACUGCGGUCGAGGGCUCAGAGAAUGUCAAGUAUAAACUAGGUAACUUGCAGGAGCUCCUUGCCGCGAACGUCCGGUCUCAGCUGAAAUCCACUUAUGAAUUUCCCGUCCUCGCCGCUCUAGCCCCGAUCUCGGAUAGACUCACGAAACUUGGUGAAGAAUGGCAGACUAAACAACAGGAAGAGAUGGCGGCUAAAGAGGACUAUGAUUCUGUUGUACGAGCAGCAGUCAAAGCAAAGAAGUCAGAGCUCCAGAAGGGUCCGCUGAUGCUGGGGAGGAGGAUGAUAUUUUUCCAUCACAUACGGAGUCCCUACAAACGUCGAUGCAUACAAAAAUGGGCCAAUGACCUCCGACUGGGAGGGAUGAGUAAAAUAGGUUUCCCUGGAUGCAUCGUCGUGGAGGGGGAUGAACGAGAUGUGAGCGAAUAUGUGAAUAUGGUUUCGAAGCUCAUCUGGCGGCUCAUGGAGGUGCGAGGUGAUGAGCAAAUCCCUGUACCUCCGGGGAAAACGCUGGACGACUUACGUAAGCUGCCGAUCGAGUUCCAUGAAUACGGCAAGGACGAAUUCAACGAAGUUGCUGAGCGGUGCCGAGAAGCAGGCCUAGAGGACCUGUUCUUAACGUGCAUGCAAAUCUAUGGAGGCAAGGAAGGGGCAUCCACAACUAAUAAGAAGAAGUCGAAGAAGAACCGAAACGAUGAUCACCAUUGA